UUCUGAAUACAUUGUAACCAUUUCGUCGGAAACACGUUCUUCCGGGAUUGCUGCUGUGGUGUCUUUUUUUUUUAACGUACAGCUAAUUAUUUUACCUCUACAGAAAGAAAAAAAAAAUACGUGCAUACUAUUGAUAGUCAUAAGUCAUGAAGGUAAUUAGGUUGAUUGCCAUAAUCGCCAUUCUCCUCGCAUCCCUGCAGUGUGUAGAAGCGGCUCGGAGCCGGAAGGAUUCCAGCAGCCAGAACAGUUUUAGAAGGGCGGCGAAUGGUCUUUACCAGACCCUGAGUAGCAUCUUCGGAGAGGACAACAUCAGAGCCUUGCAUAAGUUCUUUUCGAAGACAACAGAGCGCUUCGUCUAUGGUGUGGACGCGUUCCUGGACACAAUAUGGAAGAUAUGGACCGAUCUUCUCGAUGUUCUUGGAAUUGACUCGUCCAACCUGACCUACUACUUCAGCCAGACUGCGCUGACCAGCUCCCCAGCCCGGACUCUGCUGCUGGUGGCCUCUGUGGUGGUGGCCUACUGGCUGCUCUCGCUGUUCCUGGGCGGUUUGUUCUACCUCCUGCAAGUGGCGUUCGGCCGCUUCUUCUGGCUGGUGCGGGUCGUGCUCUUCGCCCUCUCCUGCCUCUACAUCCUGCAGAAGUUCGAGGGCGACCCCGAGCGGGCCGUGCUGCCCCUCUGCUUCGUCAUGGCCGUGUACUUCAUGACGGGGCCCGUGGGCUCCUACUGGAGGAAGGGCGGCAGCUCUCUGGAGGACAAGAUCGACCACCUGGACGGCCAGAUCCGCCUGCUCAACAUCCGCCUGAGCCGCGUCAUCGAGAGCCUGGACCGCGGCAGCGAGCAGUAACCAAGCAGCCGGCGGGGGGGAGGGGUUGGACACCCGGUGGGGGAUUGAUAAAGGGAUGGAGCAGACGGGGAGGGAGCCUGAAGGGGUUGGAGGCCGGGGAGUGCUGUAUGGAGGGGUGCC